CAGACUUAAUAACGAUCAAGCUGGCUCUUCUCUCUAUCUCCCUACUGUAAACUAUCACUAGUAUUGGAAUAUCUUUGCCAAUAACUGCGUCAGGACAUUCAAGAAUUUUUUCUUGCUAACAAAGCCGGUUAUUUCUGAUAUAUUAUAACUGAUUUAUCAGUCAAGUUUUAAACUUUUUGGAGAUAACAGCGGAUAUUGUUAGUCAAGUUGAAUGGAUAAGCCAACACGUAUUCUCGUGUGCGGAGGCGGAAAUGGCGCACACACAUUGGCGGCAACCGCCGCGUGCAUCGACAACCUUGAAGUUAAUGUCAUGACACUGUUUUCAGAUGAAGCUAAACGAUGGUCUGAUAAACUUGGCGAUGACAAAAUCGUCAUUGACGUCACAUACAAUGAUGGAAAACAAGGUGAACUUCAAGGAAAGCCAAGGCUAAUUACCAAUGACCCAGCUAAAGCGAUGGAAGGAGUCGAUGCAGUCUUUUUUGUUGUGCCUGCCUUUGCUCACCAACAAUACUUCGACGCCAUAUCUAAAUACGUGCAGCCUAAUACUAUCAUCAUAGGUAUGCCCGGACAAGCUGGCUUUGAAUUUCAAGCGUUAAAAAGUUUAAAGAAUGCAAAUGCAAUUUCAAAUAGUGCAGUAAUUAGUAUGGAAUCGUUGCCAUGGGCUUGUAGAAUUUUAGAUUUUGCAAAGAAAGUACAAAUUCUAGGAUUUAAGGAUGUUCUCGGAGUUUCUCUAAUUCCAGGUCACGGUCAGUACAAGUUGCCUCCCCUUGAGUUUGCGCAAAGGGUCAUGGGACAAAAACCUCAGCUGAAGCCAACGCAAAAUUACCUUGCUGUAAAUUUGAUGGCAAAGUCUAUCAUUCAUCCACCGGUUAUCUAUGGUAAAUGGAGAAAUUGGGACGGGAAACCCGUACCAGAAGCGCCUCUUUUCUAUCAGGGAGUUGAUGAUGAGCAGGCGGAUUUUCUUUCUAAAGUUAGCGAUGAGGUAGUAGCUACAGCAAAAGAAAUUCAAAAUCAGAGGAAAGAACUAGAUAUGUCAGAAGUUAUCCAUAUUUACGACUGGUAUAAACUAUACUAUUGCGAUCAAGUGUCGGACAAUAGCUCGCUUAAAUCAUGCAUGCUAACUAACAAAGCUUACAAUGGAUUGCUUCAUCCAAUGAAAAAGGUUGACGGUGGAUUUGUACCAGAUUUUAGCUAUAGAUACAUUGCUGAAGAUAUACCGUUUGGUUUAGUGGUGAUGAAAGGUAUCGCUGAAUGUGCUGGUGUUAAAACUCCGACUAUCGAUACGGUUAUAGCAUGGGGACAAGAAAAGCUUGGUAAAGAAUACGUUGUAGGUUCAAAGCUGACGGGCAAGGAUGUGGUUAGCACAAGAGCUCCACAAGCAUACGGCUUUAAAACAUUAAAGGAACUUUGUGAUAUGUUAUAGGACUUUUAAAAAUAAUUACAAGUUUUUUUAAUUCUUUUUGAAUUUUGCAGCACCCAUUUAGUCGUAGUGAAUUUGGUUAAUUAUAACUUAAUAUACGAAUUUACAGGGGUUGGGGGAACAGAUAAAAAACAACUUAAAACAUUAGAAAAUGUGUGCACGCUUUUCCGAGUUUUUCAUUUUCAUUUUGUUCAGAUGGUUUUGAUAUGAAUUUUAUACAACUAGGCGGUAUAUAGUUAUUAUGUGGUAAUUUGUGUAUUUAAAUUAUAAUUAUACUAUUUUAUGUAUGUUGAAAUGUGAUUAAGCUUGUUUUUACAACUAACGUCUUUUAACAGGACCAAUCAAACCUAGCAUGGAAUAUUGUAUAUUCUGCUGUUUUGUUUUCCACUUUUUAACUAUAUUGAAUUAAGCUGGCCCGAUACAGCUUCAUGGCAAGGUCAUGUAAUGUUCUUAUAUUAUAUGCACUGGUCUUCAAUUAUUAAACCACGGCCUUAUAACAAGCUAAGUGUGUUAGAUCAUAAACACAAUGUUGUCUUAUUAAAAUGCAAAACAAAGGUUCAGUUGUCAAACGUGUACGCAUCCGCCCAAAAACAACCCGUGUUUUACAUCAUUCAGGUCAUGUAAUUCUGACUGUAAAUUAUCUUUUAUUAUGACAAAAUGGUUCCUUCAAACCAUUUCAUAGAGUGAAAUAUUUUUCUUCCUCUAGAAUCUGUUUGCGCUUAUUUAUAGAAAUAAAUUCCACAGCUAUGUGUUUACAUUGCAGUAAAGUAAAUAAAGUGUCCUUGUUUUCGAA